AUGACAAAGUCGGACCUGUCGCGCUCCAUGUCUCGCCUGCGCCCGUUCAAGGAUGUCCAACCAAUGGGGAAAGAAGGCUUCUCGGCAGCCUCCCUAUCACUGCGCGCCCAAAAGAAGUUGGCCUCCCGCUUCGUCACCCGGGGAUCUGUGCGAUUGGUGAGCCCGGCGGCCGCGCGACUCCUCGACCGUUUCUAUGAGGUGCUGGAGCGGCAUUACACGAAGAAGGUGGCGGAGAAGACGACAAAGAACAUUGUGAAGAUCAUCGUGAAGCUGGCCCUCGUCGCCAAGUCGGGCAGCCUGGCCGAGCACGAGCAGGGCCUGCUCCGAAGUGCCACCCAACAACUCCACACCCUCUCCCUGACGAUCGCCAGCUUUUACAGGUUAACAGGCUCCUACGAGCCGCUAUUUAUGGAGAAGCUCGUGCGUGAAGUGAAGAAGGCGCUCGAGCCGGUCGUCGGGCUGCACUUGAGCGACAAGAGCGAGAAGCGGUUGGCCCAGAUUUUUGAGACGCUGGAAGAUCCGGAGUUCUACCACGCGCUGUUCAGCACCCGCGGCGCCCUGUACGACGCGCUGCCGGGGAUCGUCGACGAGCUCGAGGCGAUGGUCGAACAGAAGGAGAUU